UCUUGGUACCCGUGAGCCAGCCUCACUCAGUCACAUCAAAUGCAAUAAAAGCCGUGAAAAGAACCACCCUUUGGAGAUAAUCUCGACGGGAAUUAACGCUUUGUUAGCUCUCCGGAUUCUUUUUCUUCCGUGGGUUUUCGGAAUUCUGUUGGUGGACGAGCUCCAAUGGAGGAAGAGGACAGGAUCGAAGAAACCAGCAGCCUGAGACGUGUUGGAACCGGCGGAAGCAGCGGAGAUCGACGGUGGGUCGACGGAAGUGAAGUGGACUCGGGAUCGCCGCGGUUGUCGGAAAACAUAGACGAAGGAUAUUAUGGGACUUUGAGGAGAAGAUUGGCGAAGAAACCCAAAAGAACCGAUUCUCUUGAUGUUGAAGCCAUGGAAAUUGCUGGUGCUCAUGGUCACCACCUCAAGGAUCCAUCUCUUUGGGGCACAAUGGCGUUAGCCUUUCAGACACUUGGUGUAGUGUAUGGUGACAUGGGAACAAGCCCUUUGUACGUUUUUGCUGAUGUGUUCAGCAAGGUCCCCAUAGAAUCGGAAAUCGAUGUUUUGGGAGCCUUAUCGCUAGUAAUAUACACAAUCGCCGUAAUUCCAUUGGCGAAGUAUGUAUUUGUCGUCCUCAAAGCCAAUGACAAUGGAGAAGGUGGAACAUUUGCUUUGUAUUCACUUAUUAGUAGGUAUGCCAAGGUCAAUAUGCUGCCAAAUCAACAACCUGCUGAUGAACAGAUUUCGAGUUUUAAGCUCAAACUCCCGACUCCUGAGCUGGAACGGGCAUUACACAUAAAGGAAGCUUUGGAGGCCAAAGGGUACUUGAAAACGCUUCUUCUUCUCUUGGUCCUAAUGGGAACUUCCAUGAUUAUUGGGGAUGGCAUUCUGACUCCUGCUAUGUCCGUGAUGUCUGCCAUGAGCGGUCUUCAAGGUGAAGUAGAAGGAUUUGAGACAAAUGAAUUGGUUAUCUCUUCGAUCGUAAUUCUCGUGGCUUUGUUUAGCAUACAACGGUUUGGCACUGGUAAAGUGGGUUUUCUCUUUGCUCCUAUACUGGCACUGUGGUUCUUCUCUAUUGGUUCUAUUGGAAUCUAUAAUCUGGUGAAGUACAAUAUCACCGUCGUAAAGGCGUUGAACCCAACCUAUAUCUAUCUGUUCUUCAAGAAGAAUAGCAAACAAGCUUGGUCAGCUCUUGGUGGAUGUGUUUUGUGCAUCACAGGAGCCGAAGCAAUGUUUGCAGAUUUAGGGCAUUUCUCUGUAGGAGCCAUACAGAUGGCCUUCACCUGUGUGGUGUUUCCAUGCCUUCUCUUGGCUUACAUGGGUCAAGCGGCUUAUCUCACCGAACACCCCGAGUCAUCAGCUAGAAUAUUCUAUGAUUCAGUUCCUGAGAGUCUGUUCUGGCCAGUGUUUGUGAUAGCCACGUUAGCGGCCAUGAUUGCAAGCCAAGCCAUGAUCUCAGCAACAUACUCAUGCGUGAAGCAGGCCAUGGCUCUCGGGUGUUUCCCGAGGCUGAAGAUAAUCCAUACGUCGAAAAGACGGAUGGGUCAGAUUUACAUCCCUCUCAUCAACUGGUUUCUGCUGAUCAUGUGCAUACUCGUCGUCUCCAUCUUCAGGAGCACAACUCGUAUCGCCAAUGCUUACGGCAUAGCAGAAGUCGGGGUGAUGAUAGUGAGCACAAUCUUGGUGACACUGGUUAUGGUUCUCAUAUGGCAAACCAAUCUCUUUCUCGCCCUUUGUUUCCCGCUCUUGUUUGGAUCCGUGGAAGCGAUUUACUUGCUAGCUGUUCUCUCCAAGAUCAAGGAAGGCGGGUGGCUACCACUGGUUUUUGCGAGUUUCUUCCUUACCAUAAUGUACAUCUGGAACUAUGGGAGCGUUCUGAAGUACCAGAGUGAGGUUCGGGAGAGAAUUUCAAUGGAUUAUAUGCGAGAACUUGGAUCCACAUUGGGCACAGUACGUGUCCCCGGGAUCGGACUGCUCUACAACGAGCUCGUCCAUGGCAUACCCUCCAUUUUCGGGCAGUUCUUGCUUAGCCUCCCGGCCAUCCACUCCACUAUUGUCUUUGUCUGCAUCAAAUAUGUUCCUGUCCCUGUUGUCCCUCAAGAAGAGAGGUUCCUCUUCAGAAGGGUAUGUCCUAAAGAUUACCACAUGUUCAGAUGCAUCGCCAGGUACGGUUACAAGGAUGUCAGAAAAGAAGAUCCUCGGGUUUUCGAGCAGCUUCUCAUCGAAAGCCUCGAGAAGUUCUUGAGACGGGAAGCUCAAGAAGACGCUUUAGAGAGCACUCUGAUCGAUCUUGAACCCGACAGCAUCUCCAUUGGUGAGAUGCCCACCAACCAGGACGAGCUAAGAAUCCCUCUGAUCCAUCACAGAAGCCAAGUAGUAGCAGAGGAACCCGAGUCAGAGCCAUUGCCAUCUUCCAGUGUAGGAGCUGCAAUGGAGGAAGAUCCAGCUUUGGAAUACGAGCUCUCAGAGCUGAGGGAAGCAACGGAAUCGGGGCUGACGUAUUUGCUGGCCCAUGGUGAUGUCAGAGCGAAGAAGAACUCGAUUUUUCUGAAGAAACUGGUGAUCAAUUACUUGUACGCGUUUCUCAGGAGGAAUUGCAGAGCAGGAGCUGCCAAUCUGCGUGUGCCUCACAUGAACAUUCUUCAAGCUGGGAUGACAUAUAUGGUCUGAAAGUUUGAUUCUUUUGUUACAGUUUCGUGAUCUUUUUGUAUAAUGUUCAUAAUUUCCAUGAAAUACGGCUUGAUUCAAAGAUUUGUUCGGGGCUGAAUAAUUUUUUUUAAAAAAAAAACAGGAUUCAGACAAUGUUUUUUGUGUUGCGUUUGAGUUCUGGGUUAGUUUCUUGA